AUGUCCGAGCCGGAUUCAACAAUUAAAAAAUCAAUCAUUACAAAAAAUUCAUUAAUAAGAACUUACGGCGAACGCCCAACUCCAUUUCAAUUUCCUGGUAAUCAAGAAAAAAUGUAUAUUGGAUCAGAAGUAGGUAAUUAUUUACGCUUAUUUCGUGGAACACUAUAUAAAAAAUAUCCAUCUUUGUGGCGCCGUGUUGUUACACCAGAUGAACGAAAAUGGUUAAUUGAACUUGGUUGUUUGGAAUCAUCAUUACCAACAAAUUUAAUUUUAUUACAUGCAAGUGAAGUUGAUGAAUUAUUAAUUGGACACGACGAAAAAUAUCGAGCAUUAACAAUGAAUACAGAUUUUGCUAUAACACGAUCUGAUAAAUCGAAACGAUCAACAUGGUCAUCAACAUUUGCAACAGAUUCUCAUAAUCUUGAAACUGUACCAUCAGCUACACCUAUUAAUCGAAAUCGAACAGCAACAAAGAAAAAAACUUUUCCAUUAUGUUUUGAUCAUAUGGAUACACCAGCUGCUCUUGAAAAUGCUCAACAAGCUGAAGAUCUUGUUCCUAUUCGACUGGAUAUGGAAAUUGAAGGACAAAAAUUACGAGAUACAUUCACAUGGAAUAAAAAUGAACUAUUGAUUACACCAGAAAUGUUUGCUGAAAUUCUUUGUGAUGAUCUUGAUUUAAAUACUAUUGUAUUUGUACCAGCCAUUGCACAAGCUAUACGACAACAACUUGAAGCUCAUCAUGAGGAUUUUGUGGGAGAACAUAGUGAUCAACGUGUAAUAAUUAAAUUGAAUAUUCAAGUUGGUAAUGUAAGUUUAGUCGAUCAAUUUGAAUGGGAUAUGUCAGAUAAACAAAAUAGUCCAGAAGAAUUUGCUCGUGUAUUAGCAGCUGAAUUAGGUCUCAGUGGUGAAUUUGUAACAGCUAUUGCAUAUAGUGUUCGUGGACAACUUAGUUGGCACCAAAAAACAUUUUCAUACAGUGAAAAAUCAAUGUCAACAGUAGAUGUUCCUAUGCGUACAAAUCAUGAUGCUGAACAAUAUUGUCCAUUUUUAGAAACAUUAACUGAUGCUGAAAUGGAUAAAAAAAAUCGUGAUCAAGAUCGAAAUACAAGACGUAUACGUCGUGUAGCUAAUACUGGUUCAAAUCGAUAA